AGCGAAAAUUCUUAUCAAUGAAAGCUUGGUUCCGUCACUAGGGGAAAACAAUGACGUCGGGUCACGUAGGCAGGGAGGGGGGGACGUAUAAAGAAGCGGUGCUGCCGGUGAUAACUCACUGAAACAGAAGCACAGCGAAUGAGGCAACAGUAAGAAAACCUGCGGUGCUGUCCGUGAUAAUACUCACUGAAACAGACGCACAGCGAAUGAGGCAACAGUAGGGAAACCAAAAGGGAGAAAUAACUUUCUACUUUAUAUACACUUCCAAACAACACCGAGCUUUAUUUGUGUUAAGUAGACAUUGGUGUGUUGAGUUAGAGUAACACGUUGAAUUAGAGAGAUUUGAGGAGUGACAAGGAGGAGAAAGUAGCCUAUCUGGUUUCACCGCGAGACACCAGGAGCAUCACCUUCCCUCGCCCCCCUCUUGUCCUUUCUGUGUGGUCAUGAUGUGGUCCCACUUCGCCACAAGUGCCCUUAUCCUACUGGUUGUCCUGUUGAGACUCACCCUAACCCUCCCGCUCACAGCCUCCGUGGCGACCGAGACACACAGCCCCGGCGACAGCCAUGCUCCUUCCCCUCUUGGACUUAGGCCAACCGAGGGAGAGAAUGAAGGGAGGAAGGGCGGACUUCCACAGAGAGAGAGAGCAGAAGAGGAGGAUGAGCUUUUUGGAGGCAUGGACCCCAAAACAUUAGCAGCCGUUCUGCUGGAGGCGAUGAAUAAGCCACACGGGGAAAGGAGGAACGGUGUGGAGGAUGGGCGCAAGGAAGAGGAGAGAGGAAAAGAGGAGAAUGAGAGAGAGAGGCAGGAGGAGGAGAAGGGAGAGGAGGUGAGAGCCGCAUUGGAUGAGGAGGGAGCAGACCGAGACAGGGACGGUCGCGAGGAGCUUGAGCUGGUGAUGGCGGCCGCUGCGGCGCAGGGCAAGGAGGAGCGAGAGAGGAAUGAGGAGGAGGAGAGGAAGAGAGCACAGGAGGAGGAGGAAAGACUAACAGAGAAAGUGACUAGCCACACCACCAGCCAGACGAUUCCUGGAAAGGAGAAACAACCUCUGGCAGAAGGAGAAAGAGGGGAGGAGGUGGGAGUGAAGGAAGUGGGGGCCAGAGAAGAUGCGCAGCAGGGACCACCCACCUCACAGGAGACCCAGCAAGAGGAGGAAGAGGAGCAACUAAGUCCAGAUGAAGUGCAGAACCUCCAGAGCAUGAUGGAGGAACUGCAGAACUACAACACAGCUAACAAGAGAGAGAGGGAGGCCCAGGAGCAGAGAGGGAGAGAGAGCAGGGCCUACAGCCAAGACGACACAGACCAAGCCCUGAUCCACAACCAGAUAAAACCCAAAGCUAAAGGAUACCCCCGAGCAAUGUCGAAGAAGCUCAAAUGGCAAGAGAAGAUGCAGAAAGCCCUGAACAUGCCCACUUAUAGAGGAGGCAACUUCAUGGACGACUUUGACAAUCUGGCUCGACCGGCGGCUGAGGAGGAUGAUGAGGAAAUGCUGAGCCCCGAGGAGGAAGAGAGGAGGGCAAAGGAGGAGCAGGAGGAGGUCAGGAGGCAGGCGAUGGAAGCUCAGAGGGCCAAAGCCGAGGAGGAGAAGUUGGCGGACAUAGCUUCGGACAUGCUCCUGCAGUACAUGGUCAAACAGGACAAAGGAAAAUACCAGAACAAGAAGACCCUGCUGUCCAACGCAGCGGAGGACAAGCGCUCUGACGAGGAGGUCGUCAGCGAGGACGAUGAUAUUGAUCCUCAGACCAUUGAUAAGCUCAUCGAGAUCUCCAGUAAGCUCCACCUCCCCGCGGACGACGUCGUUGACAUCAUCAGCGACGUUGAGAAGAAGAAGAAGAAAGACGCUCCUGAGACAUUGCCCUGGCAACGACCCCAGCAAAGACCCCUGGUUUACCCAGCAGCCAAAGCCGUCGAUGCCCAGCCUUCACACCCCCGAUACCCCACCCUGAAGCAGCCUCUCCCGGCCAUCAAUCCCCUCAAGUCCUGGUUCAAGGACAAAUCUUCCAUCAAACCCUCAAAACAAGACCUCUGGAUCAAACCUCAACAGAAGUCCUUUCGGACUUCCUCCAACUAUCCUACGUAUCCCUUCUACCAACAGAAGCCCUAUCGAGGCUACUACCCAAUUUACUUCCCCCCUCCCAAGCCCAAACCCCUGUUCUAUGCCAAGCCUUCCUACAUGCUCAACGACCUCCUGUCGAAUUCUCUGGACUACGACUUUGAUUUCCCCCCCAAGAGGAGGUACCGUCCCUGGGUACAGCCCCGCCCGAGGAAGCCCCCCGCUGCCCUCCGGCGGAACCUCUACUACCCAAAUUACUCCAACUAUCCCAACUACCUCCUCCCCCCACACCCCAGGACAUACAACCCCCUACCCGUCCCCGUCCCCAUGCCUAAACCUCGCUCGUCCCCACCCAGGGGUCAGGUUCAGCCUCGCCAUCGGCACGGUUACUAUUACCAAGCGCCCUCAGCACCUUUGGUGACCCGGGACCAAGAUUACUAUGGGAUGCAGGGGAUAGGGAUGGGGCCGCAGCAGCAAGAUAGCAAUGAAGAACUGGAGAACUACAUUCAACAGGUCUUUAUGAAACCCAGGCCUAGAAUGUUUCAGUGAAAAGAGAGGAAAGAGAGAGAGGGGGUGGGAAGGAGGGAGAGGAAAAGGGGAGGAAGAGAGAACAAUGGAUUUUUUUUAUUUUUACACCACUUACUUUUGAUUUCAGGUUUUGCCUUGGUUUCGUCUCUUUAAUGUACUGUUAGAUUUUUGUCAAAGAGCAACACAAAUUACAUGUAGCUUUUUGUAUAGAGUAAAAAUGAACUUGCAGAUAGAAAAGUGAGGGAGUCAGGAUGACACACAUCCAUUCAUUCCUCUUGCUCUUUUCUUUGGAAGAUGAAACUGAAGCUGUUGUCCAAAAUGACUGAAAGAGGGGCACUAAACCAAUCACAUAAAGAACUACAGAACAUACAGAACCAUAGAACACUGACUCUAUAGACUCAUCUCAACAUCCUGGGGUUCUGGAAAAUAUGAGGGAGCGUCGGCAUCGUUCAGAAGACCAACAUUGAGGGGAAAUUGCAAAUGGCACCCUAUUCCCUAUGUUGCGCAAUACUUUUGACCAGGGUCCAUGGGGCUCUGGUCAAAAGUAGUGCACUAUAUAUAUGAUAGGGUGCCAUUUGGGACUGACUAUCAUGUUGCCUGUAAUCCAAAACUCAUACAAGAGACUUACAGUUGUUAACAAAUACACACAUGUCAAUGUUUGGAGCCAAAAUGCACAGUCAAGUGUGUUUAUUUUCCAAAAGAUUAGCCAUCGCUAUUGGAGAAGAGGCCCCAAUGGAUAUAAAGCCUUACCAAUGUGUAUCUGUUGUGCUUUAUUGUUAUCAGUGGUUCCAUUGUCACCAUUUCAGUUAUACGUCAUUGAUUGUUUACAGAAAAUGAAGCUUGCAAUUGGUCCUUUUCAAGAACAGUUAUCGUCAAGGGCAGAGAAAGUCAUUGUUAUUGUUACCGAUACGCUUGAUGAUACGGUGCCAUACUGUACGCAAAUGCAGUCACUAUUUAUUCAUCAAAUAUAUUGUCUGUUUUGAAUCACUUCUGUUUUGUUGUUCCAACAACAAAAAAACGGUUAAAUUUUUAUGUCAAUUGCCCCGUCUGCACACUUUUUGAUUAACUUAUGAAUAUAUGAUUUGAUUUCAUGUACUUGUAAUGUACUUGUUUUUUCUACAAAGCAGUGCUAAGAUUUACACAUUCAUACAUUCCAGAUAUUUGUAAGACAAAGUGAUUUUAAAGGAAAGAAACUAAAAAUACUGAAAUACAGUUUUAUAUUGCCUUAUUAUGAUUUCCCCCUCAUUUUGCUAAGACUGUUGACUUUGUGAAGGGGGUAGAAUUGAGUUAAGCCCUUGUAGAGAAAUGGGGUUGUGAUCACAAUUCCAUUCAAUCUCAAAUUCGAUUCACAAAUUGAAAAAUGUUUUGGGAAUUUUUCAAUGAAACGGACCUGAUUCGAAAUGGAAUCGUCCCUCACAUACUCCCGAUGAAUGAGUGAAAUGAAAUGAGAAGAGGGAAAAGAAACUGAAAACAGUCCAGGAUUUUCACUCUGUGCUACUGUAGAGAAACAAAUAUGUCUCUGUGUUUAUGCCUUUAGAUGCUGGAAAGGACUGUGAUUCAGUAUCUCACCACAAACAAAAAAAUAAUUGUGUUAAUGGAAAUCAAUAUCUAAUCAUCUCCAAAUCCUUACUCGUUCAAUAUUUCCUUGUAAACGAAACCCCAACAAUUUUUUUAGUUUUUUAAGUUUUUUUACCCCGUUUUCUCCCCAAUUUCGUGGUAUCCAAUUGUUUUAGUAGCUACUAUCUUGUCUUAUCGCUACAACUCCCAUACGGGCUCGGGAGAGACAAAGGUUGAAAGUCCUGCGUCCUCUGAUACACAACCCAACCAAGCCGCACUGCUUCUUAACACAGCGCCAUCCAACCCGGAAGCCAGCCGCACCAAUGUGUCGGAGGAAACACCGUGCACCUGGCAAAAAUGGUGCCAUUUGGGAUGCACUCAUUGGCGUGGCUAGCAUCAAAGCUCAAUCAAACACAGCAGAGACAAUCUCAAAGUGAAACCAUUUUCAAUGUGACUGACGCCACAGACACCAAUGAAAAAUCCAUUAUUUUAGAGAAGCGACGAGGGGAGAAACACUGGGAAAACAUUGGGAGUGGUGUUUGAUUUGACAUGUGUGUUCUGCUUAACUGCGAUUUAGACUUAGACCAUAGGGCUCUGGUCAAAAGGAGCUCACUAUAUCGGGAAUCGGUGCCAUUUGGGACAUACCUUUAGGACUGUUUCAGUUCACUCAACUGAACUCAUUGCAUUUUGGCAUUUGAGUGGGUCCACUAGAAACACUGAUCUAAGGGGACAGAAUUGUCCUUUCAAACCUCCUACUCAAUACUGAAGUGUAAGAUAUCUGCUGUAGGAGAGAGACAGAGAGAUUAUAUGGAAGGUCGCGAAAAGUGGGGAAGGUAUACCUAAACAUUACUUCCACUUUGAAACAGAUUUGUUUGCUUUUUGUUUCUUUUCUAAAAAGAGAGGGAGGGAAAGAGAACAUUUACAGGGAUGAGAAAGAAAGACAAGAUAGAAGACCGUCUGCUGCACGUUUCUGUGUGCCUGCAUCUAAAAUGUGUUGCUUCUUUUUGAUAAACUUAACGAGCAUUAAAUAAAAGUAUAAAAAAAAAUCUCAAAGGAGAACUAAAAGAUGACUUUAUAGAAGUACGAAGUACCCGGGGAAAAAACCCUGUUGAAGUCUUGUAUGAGGAUGUUCUGAUCUAUGUGCUCUAUUUCUAGAUGUACCUUGUACCUAUGUCGUAAUAAACAUGCGUGUUGCUGAUUGUAAAUAACCGCAUGUAUCCAUGAUGACUAGUUUUGCUACACAGAGAGAAAUAAAUAAAAUGAACUAUUUUUUAUUA